CAUUUACACCCAAAACAUCUGUGUCGGAAUAACAAUUUCAGGCGUUUUUCUUUUCUUCGUUCUCUUUCUGGAAUGUGAGAGAUGGGUAGAUGAAAAAGUUUCGCUGCUUUGGUGUCUGAGGGAGUUUUGAUACGGGCGAUGAGUCCUGUGAAGAGAUUUUAUACACCAGACUGGAAAAACACUCAUUUAUCGCCUUCACUAAGACAAAUAAUAUCGUAUUAAACUCACCAGUGGAGAUAUGACUAUAGCAGCUGAUCUCUCUCUAUAGCAAACAUUAAUGCUGGAGGUAUGAUGUUGAGGUUUGUGCUGAUGAGUAAAGCAGAAUCAUUGAUGGCUGGCUGCAGGGGUCCAAUGGUGUGUUGACGGCGUCAUGGGGAGCUGUUUAAGCUGUCCCGAGAAAGAGAUCGACCCCAACCAUCACAACAAGUUCAAGGUGAUAAACGUGGAUGAUGAUGGCAAUGAACUGGGCUCAGGAGUGAUGGAGUUAACUGAGGAAGACCUCAUUCUCCAUACACGCAAGCGAGAUGCUGUCAAGUGGCCGUACCUCUGUCUGCGUCGCUAUGGUUACGACUCCAACCUCUUCUCGUUUGAGAGUGGCCGGCGCUGUCAGACCGGUCAAGGGAUAUUUGCAUUUAAGUGCGCACGGGCCGAGGAGAUCUUCAACAUGCUGCAGGACAUCAUGCACAACAACAGCAUCAGUGUUGUAGAAGAACCUGUGCUAGAACCAGAACCUCCAGUCACACCCCACACUCCCACCACUUUGGGUUACUCUGUCCCGACGGUAGCUAAUGGAAUUGGGCGGUACCCGUCAUUCGGUGACGCCUCCUCGAGACCUUCCAGCCGACACCCAUCAGUGGGCAGUGCUAGGUUACCAUCUGUAGGGGAGGAGUCGACGCAUCCGCUGCUGCUCAAUGAUGAGACGGUGCACACUUAUGUCAACACGACGGGUCUCCAAGAGGAGCGGUGCAGUUUUAGUAGUGGCCGCACCCCUCUGGAGCUCCGACCCUCUUAUUCAGAAGACCCGGUCCCAGUUUCUCCUAAUGAAGUUGAGCCACAGGUAGUUUUGGAGCCGGAGGGUGCCAAGUUUGUUUUAGGCCCCACUCCUGUCCAGCGGCAAUUGCUGCUAAAAGAAGAAAGACCGCUCGAGCAGGACUUAGGAGCGACCGGCUCCAACGUACAACCCAACGGCUCUCCAGUAAAGACUGUGAACGGUUGCACGGGACCCGCUGCGGACUGCGAUACCGGUUACGACAGUGACGAUCGCAAGGAGGCGUCCCACGAGCAGCACAACGGUUCAGCCCCUCCCUUUUCCUCCGGUGCGAAACGCAUAAGGCCUCCGAUGCCUCUCCCUGACCCCCAUAACGCCAAUAAUUCUGCUCAGAGGCGGACUGCGCUGCUGUACUACGAGAACCUGCCGGCGCUGCCGCCCGUGUGGGAGGCUCGUAAACAUUAUAGUGUGCCGCAGGACCAGGAGGAACUCAAAUCGCCCUCUCUUAACGGAUUUCAUUCCUUAGAUCCUCAGCACAACUACGUUAACACGGAAAACGUCACGAUGCCCCUCAGCGCGCACAAGCUGCGGGACUCCGGCACACACGCCACCGUUUUUAACUUUGACUUUCGAAGGCUCGGGGUGGGCGACCCGCUCCGGCAGCUUAACUACAUCGAGGUGGAGAUGGACAAAGUGUCAGACUCUAGCGGACCCCAUACCCCGAAAACUCCCACGACGCCCUUACCGGCCACACCCACGCGCCGGACAGAACUGUACGCCGUUAUAGACAUCGAGCGCACGGCCGCCAUGUCAAACCUACAGAAAGCACAGCCACGAGAUGACGGUACGUCCAGGAAAACACGACACAACAGCACAGAUCUGCCUAUGUGAUCUCAUCAUGAAUGAUUUUGCUCUUUGCAUUCAAAAUGUUUCACAAUGUCCUGGGCACGUUUCACCCCAAAAUGAAUAACAAAUACCAUUUGCAUAAAUGAAGCCCUUAUAUUCCAAUUACAGUAAUGAAUUUCGAGCGUCACCUGAUAAACAACAAUUCUUCUUUUUUAUUAAAUAAAAACAUAAUGUUUAAAUCUCUUAACAUGUGUAUAGUUCAGACAAAAUGUAAUGAAUUCUUUGGGUUGAUUUUGGGGUGUGCUAUGACCCAGACAUCGGUUUCAUGAUAGGUUUCACACGCGUAUUUGUUACAAGUAUGUGUACUGUUUUAGUUUCAUACCCUAAAACACAAUAUUUCUGAGGUCUAUAGAUAUUGUGGUGGAGAAACACAGGUCCUGUAAUGUAUGAGUAAAACCAACAUUUGUUUUAAUGAGGUAACAGCAGGUACUGAUCAGAAUAAGGUAUUGAUGAGGAAACACUACAACAGUUUACCAGACCUCAUUCAUAAAUGCUGCCAUGUUUUUCUCUCUUUUUGCGAAUUCAAAGUCUCUUUUCAAUGUAAUUUACUCAUUUUGCACUUGAGAGCGAUAACCGAUGCUCACUGCGGUAUUCUAGAGUCACACGGUACACUACAGUCACUUUAAAAUCUUACUCUCAAAGCAGGUGUUUGUGUUGUUGUUUAUUUAGGAGGUUACACACUACAUCCUUGUCAUGAUAGACUAUAUGGGAAAUAAUCUAGUUGCCAAGAAACCCUAGUACAAAAGGGCUUAUAGUCAUUCCUAUACAUUAUACCAUACUAGAGAUGCACUCUGUACUAUAUCUACAUAGCCCAACAUUAGUGCUUCUUGGUCUUAUUGGACGCAGAGAAAAACCAUGGCUUAAAACAUGCUUUCCACAUUGGCCAAAGGCAUUCCUAUAAAAUCUCUUAGGUAUUUGAAAGGUUUGAGUAUUGAUUUGAGGGUCUGUUUGAUUUGGGUGUGAUGGGUAUUUCACUAAGACAGCAGUGUUGUAGAGCGCGUGGUGUUAGUUAAGGUAAACUUUUUUCUUUUGGGCAGGAAAGCCACCAAUGGGAACACAAAAUGAAUUAUAGUUGGUCAUUGUACUCGAUGUAAAGAGGAGAAUCUGUUUUGAGAAGAGCUCCGAGAAUGUACGAGGUGCUGCGUUUGCAUUUCUAUUCAUCACUGUGUCUUAGCAGGAAACAUGAUUGUAUUGUUCAUCAAUGUCUGCUUGAAUGUUUUUUCCAAACAAUGGACACAUCUGUCUACGGCGUACAGACUGUUCUAGGCAUUGGUUUAUAUCGUUAAGUUUAUAUUGUAAAGUUUAUUGUAUGCUCGAAAUGCAUUAUAUCAUUUAUUUUCUACCUUUUUGAAAGAGUGCGCAAAUAUAGGCCAUACAUGUGUACAAAACAUCCAGUAGUUUUAGAAACGAAUGAGCGCUAACAAAAUACUAGAAAUAUCUAAAUCAUUUGCCAAAUGUAGUGUUUGAGAAAAUGAUUGAUUGGUUUAUUCUGAUAUCCCUCGUGUGGAUGGGGUUUAUUCAGGACAGAUGCGAGCGUACAUUCCUAUGAGAGUAUUCCACAACAUAUGAACAUUGUACUGAAACUAGUUUUGAUAUUUGCUUUUGAUAUACUGACAUCGGUUUAGUAAAAUGUUUGUAUUUUUUAAGAAAAGACAAAAUAUUGUGUAUUUUGUGAUAUGUACCGUUACAUCCUCUGCCCUCGGUGCCAACUCUAUUUUUGUAGCAUGGCAAAAAAAAUCAUUAAAGACAAAAAUAAA